AUGAAAGAAAAUGACAACACUCGGUUAUCAAUUGGCGCAAAUGAAGUAUUUUCGUACUUUAUCGAACACAAAAACCAUCUCCUUAAUGUGGGGAAACUUUCGACCUUCUUUGUGGGUUUGAUUAGCGAGUGUGCCCUGAGAUGUGCACGACUUGCCUCGUGCUUAUCAUUCAAUAUAGAGGAAGCAUUAUUGCACCGGGCAGGAAUUCUGUGCGAGCUCUUGUCUGAAGGUCUGUAUAACGUCCCACAUCAUUUCAAGCGCAGCGAGGAAUUUCACCACUGGAGUAAAUUGCCUCAAAUAAACUUGGACGAAGAUUUAAUCUUCUCUCUAGAUAAAAUAGAUAUGAAACGCGACACACUGACGCCUUGUGCACGUUUCCCAUGCAAAAACGGAGGGAAGUGUGUUCCUGAUUACAAGCGCGGAAUCUAUAAAUGUCUAUGUCCCAUUGGCUACCAAGGGAACACUUGUCAGCAAUUAAAUAGUGUUUCGUACGCUGGCGACGAAAUGGAAGCCUUAGGAAGCCAUAGGAGCAAUCCAGGACUAUCUUGCAAGGACAUUGCAGACAAGCGGGGUGAAUUACUGACGGAUGGAGAGUACUGGAUUGCACCCAGAACGUCCAGCGACUCUUUUGUAGUGUACUGUGACAUGACAACUGAUGGAGGUGGAUGGACUUUACUAAAACGCACGAAAAUUCCGGCAAAUCUUUCUGACCUUUCAACUAAGACCAUGCAGAUGGUUAGCAACUAUAUUGCUAUUUCAAACUAUACGGACGACUAUGUGUUCGUUUCGAUCAUGGGAAUCCGAGAACUUCGACAAGCAAUCAAUUUUCAUCAGCUUCGGUGGUAUUGCUUCAAGAAACAACAGGACAGCGUUUUCCACGUCAUGACAAAAAACGAUUCCGCCGGCUAUAAGGUACUUGAGUAUUUCUUGGAAAAUCCCAGCAAACCAGCUACAGCAUGUGACUCUUUUGAUACACUCCCGGAUGAUAAUUCCACACUGUCCAACAACUGUGACAAGUGGGGGGCCUACAAUGACACAGUCCUGGAGAUGAACCAGUGGGGCUCUUAUUCACACCAUGGAGCUAACAGGAUUUACCGGCUUGUCGCUGAGUGGAAAUCGGACAUGAGAGCAUUUUCCUUUCGUCCACCAGGGCAAUUUUGGUGCGAUGACCAUGGUGGCGUGAAUUCUCUAUCGCGAGGAGACAAAUGGGAAGUUUAUGCUCGGUAAUUUGAUUGAGCUGAGACUUUCUUUUAUCGCCAUUACCUUUGUUAUGCUGUCAUUUCUCACUGUUGUGCUAAUGUUGCGUCCCUUUACAUUCUUUUUUUUUUUUUGGAACUCGUGAGCCUUAAGUAGGAAACCCGGUAGUUUAGUGCCGAGGACUUCAGAAAGAGAGGACCGAGUAUGGGCCCUGGAAGGGUCACUGUGCUGUGUUCUUAGGCGAGACACUUCAAUCGUACAGCGUUUCUCUCAGCCGAAGAGUACCAGCGAAUAUUGCUGGGUUGCUAUUUGCGACAGAAUCGCAUCCUGUUCAUGAGAAAUAGUGCUUCACGCUUUGAAAACCAGAAUUAGGAAUAGUAAUAAGAUUGACACACCAAUGUUUGUCAGACUUGAAAACCAAAAGGAAAUAAGACGACCACUUAUUUUCAUUUUCUCCUGAAGAGUAUAACAAGGUCUAAAUAGCCCGCAGGACAGACGUGAUAGUCUUUUGCAUUUUUUAAGUCCAAGGCAAGCGCGUGGCUGACGCGAAGUGUGAAUCGCCCGCGAGGGGCGCAAAAACGAAAAACUACCGGUAUCUUGUUUGUCAUUUUUUUGUGUGCCUCACUCCCAACGCGUGACUCGCGCGUGUGCUCUCCUCGAGUUUGCCUGCGUUCGCCUGAAAAACGGAAAAAAAAUUGCGCCUCUUUUGCGGCCUAAGGCCCAGAUAGAAUUAAACGGCGAAAAACUAUUCUACUCGUUCAAGCCUUAAUUGAGUGUGCUUUAUUUUGAUACACAACGCAAUGGUGGAACUAUUCAACUCUAGAAACAGAAACGACUGAACUCUAAUAACAGUAAGGAUUAGUAAACAGGAAGUUGUAGAUUGAAACUCAAUAAUGGCGAUUUAAAUAUUUUUUUGAACUCAAAUUAUGUUAAGGGUUUUAUGUUAAUAUAAAUCUCUGUUAAGUCUGCAAUCCCAAUAAUAAACAGCAUUCAUAAAG